UUUGUCCAAAACACACGGCUCGCGUCGGCCCAGUCCUUGAGUUCGCCUAGUCUUUACGAUCUAAUAUCUCUAGCUUGUCACGAUACUACACGAAACCUAUCAUUCGCCUGACUAAACAUUCGCUUCUCUCCAUGAGUGGCGCUGCGGCCUGGUCCCAGACGGUGGGCAUUUGGUCGGGUCUGCCACCAUGCUGAGCACCUCCGCGACGUCGGCUCAGAAGUCGUUGGGUACGCAAGCAGCCAAUUCUCCCCUCACCACCUCGCGACCGAGCCUCGAUGGCGGACUUCGACCACCUGCCGCCGGCGAUGGUGCCCGAAGCAUGACAUCCACGAUCACCUCCCUCGCACCGAGCCGUGGUGCUUCCUUCAACCCUUCCCAACCUCCAGGGAGUUUUAGUUCCGACCUACGCAGUCAAGCUAUCCAGUCGAGGGCUGGCUCGAGGGCCGACGUCUAUAUCCGCGAAAAGCUGGACGAGGAUGACGAUUCCAUGGCCGAGACUACACUUAAUUCGUUGAAGGACUCGCUUAGCCGCGAGAUGAAAAUAAAAGAGGGAAGCGAAAAUAUGCUUGAAGCUUUAAAUGCAAAGAAAGCGAAACAGACCAAAGAGCAACGCCAGAGGGUGGAGGCCGAGCUUACAGCCUCGAAUACGAGAAUAAAAGAGCUGAAACAAAGGAUCACAGAUGCGCAGCGAUCUAAGGUCGUGCCUAGCACGCCUACGAGAACACGCAACGAGGGGUUGUUGCGUAACGAAGGUCUGCGAUCGCCCCCAAGCGCAUCUAGGAGCGGUGCCGGAUCCGACUUCGAAGAGCCGACGGAAUCCCCGACAUUUGCACUUGCCGAGAUACUGCAAGCUCUAGAGGUCGAAGGGAUGACCCCUGAAUACUAUGUGGGGGGAGCCAACAACCUGGUAGAUCUCUUCAAAAGGCAUCCCACGCUGAAGUAUGACUUGGUGUGGUCUGUUUUUGGAGAUAGGAUGCAGGUCAUGCUGCUUAGCGGCAGUAGGGAAGUGGUGGCAUCGGGAUACCGAAUGCUACGAUAUGCCAUUUCCGAUAUAGCCUCUCUUAAGAAAAUACGUAGCUUAAAUACCGACUUCAUGGUAGUCGUGUCUCUCGCCAAGGAUCGCAAGGCCGACGUGGAACGCGAGCAGGCUCUCAAGUUCGUCCGCGCUUUCUUGGAUGUGAAAGAUGGCGUUCGCGAGGUGUCCAGGGCCGUGGUUAGGACUAUAGCAGCAGUCGCCGAGCAAGUCGAAGAUCGGCUCCGGCCAAUCUGUAUCGAAACGCUCGCCGAAGUAUUGUUACGAGAUCCCGCGCUGCUUGUGGCGUCUGGCGGCUUGGUACCGUUGUCGGAGGCCCUCGCUGAGGGUACUUACAAGUCCCCCGAAUCCUUAUCCUCGGCUUUUCUCUACCUACUAGAUGCGCCACAUACACGGAGGUAUUUACGGGCCGGAUAUGAAUUAGAGGUUCUAUUUACGGCCUUCACCGAUGCUCUGUUCUCGUACGAAGGGGUUAUAAAACAAAAUUCAAGGGCAAUUGCUUCUGCCUUGAAGAGUUGGUCGGGGCUCAUGACCUUGUCCAUGUACAACUUCAGAGCGAUUGGCUCCUUGAUAUCGAGCCUGAUGCUGCCUAACCCGACGAUUCGGGACACCGUGAUGGAUUUGCUUUAUUCUCUCCUUCGUAUUAAACCCCCCGCGUGGGCCACAUCGUAUCUUGCAGGGCGACGUUUGACAACGUAUGGAAGAGUAACGACAUUGAAGUCUUCAACGUCGAGCAAGGACGAUGCAGUUUACGAAGAUGGCGGUGCGGAGCAAAACUUCGUAGAGCACUAUACGGCAUUGCUUCUAGCUAUAUUUAUCAAAGCGGGAAUGAUGCCGAACCUGCUCCAGGUUGCUCAAGGCACCGACGAUCCCAUGUUGAAGCGGAAAACAACUUUGCUCAUCGGCGAGACCCUCAAACUCGCGAGCAGAAUCCUCCCCCCUUCUUGGAGUAGCGAACUUCAGUUACUCCCCGAACUAUUCGCAGCUGCUUCGCACUUCCAAGACGAGGCGCAUUUCAAUGCGACCGGAAUCGUCUACCAAAUAAGUAGUGUAAGCCGGACGCUUUACCGGUCAUCUCCGACGGGUUACGCUCCUGGCUAUCUUCCCUCCAGCAGCAUGUUAGAGAAUAUGGGUCACGCAGAAGAAGCACCAAAGGCCAAUUUUUUAACUAACCCUGACGAUGCCACAUUCCGUCAGCUGCUGAUAGAUUCGGGAGUUCUCGGCCAUUCUAACCCUUCCAAAUGGGACUGGGAUGUCGUUUUGAAGAUAAUCGAAGGACCACUGAUGAAUGGUAAACGUUUAGAAGAAGCCAUCAAGGCAUCAAAAUUUGCAAAAAGGCUAGUAGGCUUUUAUCGGCCUUUCAAAUUCAAGUUUUCGGAGAUCAAGAGCACGCGAAAUACUCAAAAGUAUGUUAGGGUUGGCUGCGCACUAAUGCAUACGCUGCUCCAGACGGCGGAGGGAACAAAGUAUCUUGCGGAUAAUAAGCUGUUGAGACAAAUCGCUGAGUGCUUAGCUCAGUGUGAUCCGACCAGCGGUUUGACUGCGCAGUAUCCAAUGUUUUCGAGAGAUCGUCUCACAGAUACGCUGUGCGGUGGUUAUUUCCCUAUGAUCGGUGCUCUGAGCAGCGAUCCCAAGGGGUUGCAGAUGCUCGAGAGAUGGCGCAUCUUCAACAUGAUGUAUCAUAUCGUCGAUUUUAAGCAAAGACCAGAUCUCAUCAAGUUGCUUCUCAGUCAUCUUGACUAUAGUAUUCAUGGCCACCCGCGCGUGCUGCUAUCGAAGGCCUUGACAGCUGGCACAAAAGAAAUGCGAAUACAUAGCACUAACGUACUUCGUAAAUAUGCAACAAGGCAGCGAGUUACGCCAACAGGCCAAGUUAUCUCCGACUCCAAGUGGGCGAUUCAAUUACUUGUCACACAACUCUACGAUCCAGAAGUCGAGGUGUGUGCCACGGCCGUCAAGAUUCUUGAGAAGGCUUGCAAUAGUAAAGCCUUGCUAGAGUAUAUAGUGGAAUGCCGGCCUGCAUUGGACCACCUUGGCGAGAUUGGAGCACCUUUGCUACUCCGAUUUUUGUCCACCUCCAUCGGUUAUCACUAUUUGGAUGGUUUAGACUACAUAAGCAACGAAAUGGACGACUGGUUCCUCGGGCGCAACGAUACCUAUGUUAGUCUCAUCGAAGCUAGUCUAGCACGUUCUUUCAUCGAUACUCAAGAGGAUCAACCGCACCGCCUUAGUAUUUAUGAAGACGAUUUGGAUACAGACCAGGACAACCACGUACCGCCUCAUUUCUACCGAGAAUUGACACGCACAAAAGAAGGCUGUAAAUUACUCGAAGACAAGGGUCACUUCGAAGAGUUCGCCGCGACUAUUUGUGAAUACGGAAUGCAAUCUGACGAUCCUGAACUUAUCACAAAAGUUAAAGGCUGCUUAUGGGCAGUUGGAAACGUUGGCUCGAUGGAGCUCGGGGCUCCGUUCUUGGAAUCGACGGAUGUAGUAGAACAUAUCGUCAAGAUCGCUGAAUCUCAUGACGUGAUGAGUCUUCGAGGUACCGCAUUUUUCGUCUUAGGCUUAAUAUCGAGAUCUACGCACGGACUAGAGAUCCUCUCCGAACAUGGUUGGGAAUCAAAUACUACACCUCUCGGGAUGUCAUUAGGGCUUUGCGUUCCUAAGAAUCUUUCCAAAUUCUUCUCUUGCAAGCCCUGGAAACACGAGAUACCCGCGCACAUCGGAGUCUUAGAUACCCAGAAAACAGUGCUGGAACCGCCGCCUGUGGAAAUCGACGAACAGGACCCGACUAACCGACGCAUAUUGGAGCUCAUGACUGAGCUGGGCAAUAUGGUGCUCUAUAGGAAGGCUAAAGUCGAGCUGCUCCAGUUACGACAUAAAAAAGCUCCAGGAUUCCGGCAGCCUACCCUAUUCCGUAAGGUUCUAGCAUUGAUGGAAUGUCACCACUAUAGGCUGCCAGACCGGCAUCUGGUAAUCGAGUUAUUCGACAAGAGCGUCCUAAGACACAUCGUCUACGGCGAGGAAAGCAGCGACGAAUCAGCGAGCAGCUCAGGUGACGAGCAGAGGACAGAACGGCAAAGGAGCAUAAGCGAUCCCGCCGAGAUGGAGAGGAUAAUAGCUAGGGCCCAGAACUCGUCGAUAUAGCAUAGCAUUGCAUACCAGCUAAGACGAGGCGGGAAGGCAUCCGAGAGCAGCAAAUUCGGGAUUUUGGACAC